AUGGUCAACUACUCGCAGAUUUCACUUUACACUAUCUGCCCAGACCAGGCGGCACGCACGCGGCUGCUGGUCGUCGUCGCCUCCACGCCGGCCAACGUGUCGCGGCGCAACGCCAUCCGCCCUACGUGGGGCACGGUCGCUCUGCGUACUGAUGUCGUCCUCGUCUUCCUGGUCGGCCGCACCACGGAACGCGUCCAGGCGCGGCUGAUGAGGGAGCACGCGGAGCACGGCGACAUCGUGCAGGGCAACUUCGUGGACAGCUACCGCAACCUGACGCUGAAGACGACGUGCAUGUUGGAGUGGGUCAGCCGGUUCUGUUCCCGCGCGUCCCUCGUGCUGAAAGUCGACGAGGAUGUGUUUUUACACAUCCCGAACUUGCUAUCAUUUCUGGAGGAGCACAAGCGAGCAAACAGGACGAUCUUCGGAAGACUGACGCACAACUGGCAGCCAUUCCGAGAUCAAAAGAGCAAGUACUACGUCAGCCGUUCCGAGUUCCCGGAUAGCGUGUACCCCGACUAUGUGACGGGCCCGGCGUACUUGCUGACCGGCGACCUGGCGGCGCGCACGCGGCUGCUGGUCGUCGUCGCCUCCACGCCGGCCAACGUGUCGCGGCGCAACGUCAUCCGCGCCACGUGGGGCACAGUCGCUCUGCGUACUGAUGUCGUCCUCGUCUUCCUGGUCGGCCGCACCACGGAACGCGUCCAGGCGCGGCUGAUGAGGGAGCACGCGGAGCACGGCGACAUCGUGCAGGGCAACUUCGUGGACAGCUACCGCAACCUGACGCUGAAGACGACGUGCAUGUUGGAGUGGGUCAGCCGGUUCUGUUCCCGCGCGUCCCUCGUGCUGAAAGUCGACGAGGAUGUGUUUUUACACAUCCCGAACUUGCUAUCAUUUCUGGAGGAACACAAACGAGCAAACAGGACGAUCUUCGGAAAACUGGCGCACAACUGGCGGCCGUUCCGAGAUCAAAAGAGCAAGUACUACGUCAGCCGUUCCGAGUUCCCGGGUAGCGUGUAUCCCGACUUUAUGACAGGGCCGGCGUACCUGCUGACCGGCGACCUGGCCCCGCUCCUGUAUCGAGAAGUGCUCGUCACCAGGUUUCUCUUUAUAGAAGGACGCACUGAUUACUGGCGUGGUGGCCAAAAAAGUAGGAGCGCAUCGCGAGUCGGCAAAACAAUUUCUCAACAUUCGCAAGGUGGACAGGUGUUCUGUUCAGCGAGCUAUAUCUGUUCACAUUGUUACACUUGCGGAACUGUACGAGUUUUAUCGCAUGAUUUCAUCGGGUGAGGACGUGUGCAAGGAUAUUGUAAAAAGCACUAAGAAUUCGUGAGCGCAAGCUGCGUCUGGUUAAGGAGAUAAAUGCUGAGAAGCGUCAAAGGUACUGUGAAUGUUUGACGCUAAUGGGGGAGGAGGUGCGCGCCAUACAAAGACAAUAAUGCGCCUAAAUGCUGAAGCGUUUUUUCUUGAGAAGUUCUUAACCGGAGUUUUGAAGAAAGAAACUACCAAAGAAGUAGGACUUCAAUGCUGGCAAGAGCAACGGAAUGCAGACCCGAGAAGGCAAAAGACGAGUGAGAGACACCAGUGAAUGCGGCGAAUGCAAAAGAGCUGCAGUGGACGGAUGCGAGAGGCAGGUAAAGGAACCAUGGACGUUCAAGGGAUUUUAUUACACGGUCUUUCCGUGUCAUUUUGGGUGCUUAGUGAUUUUCAAAGCUUCGCCAAUGUACUUAUCCUCUCUUCUAUCCUUGUCGGGUUUGAUGAAAAAA